AUGGACAGCUCCAAUAAAUCUUCUUCCCGUUCUACCCCUACCCCUGUCGAAGAGCCCGAGUACCUCGCUCGCUACUUGGUCGUCAAGCACUCAUGGCGUGGCCGAUACAAGCGAAUUCUCUGCCUUUCGAAUGUCACCAUAACCACCUUGGACCCUGCGACGCUUUCCGUCACCAAUUCCUACGAGGUCGCCUCCGAUUUUGACUCCGCCGCGCCUAUCAUCGGCCGCGACGAGAACUCAAAUGAGUUCAAUUUGAGUGUUCGGACCGACGGCCGUGGAAAAUUCAAGGGCAUUAAGUUCUCAUCGAGGUAUAGAGCGAGUAUAUUGACCGAGUUGCAUAGAAUUAAGGGGAAUCGGUUGGGCGCCGUCGCCGAAUUUCCGGUGCUUCAUCUACGGAGACGAAAUGCCGAGUGGGUCACUUUUAAAUUGAAAGUUACUUAUGUUGGGGUUGAACUGAUUGAUUUAAAAAGUGGAGACCUUCGCUGGUGCUUGGAUUUCAGAGAUUUCGAUUCCCCUGCCAUUGUUUUUCUUUCUGAUGCUUAUGGGAAGAAAGGUAGUGAACAUGGAGGUUUUGUUCUUUGUCCUUUAUAUGGAAGAAAAUCUAAAGCUUUUCAAGCUGCUUCUGGAUCCACAAAUUCCGCCAUAAUUGCAAAUUUGACGAAAACAGCAAAGUCUAUGGUUGGGGUGUCACUAACUGUGGAAACUUCCCAAUCUCUCACGAUAGCGGAGUAUAUAAAGCGAAGGGCAAAAGAGGCAGUUGGAGCAGAAGAAACUCCAUGUGGAGGUUGGUCCGUGACAAGGUUGCGCUCUGCUGCUCGUGGAACUCUAAAUGUUCCAGGAUUAAGUUUGAGCGUUGGCCCAAAAGGUGGACUUGGAGAGAAUGGUGAUGCUGUAUCUCGCCAACUGAUUCUUACAAAAGUUUCACUUGUUGAAAGACGCCCAGAGAACUAUGAAGCUGUUAUUGUUCGACCUUUAUCUGCAGUAAAUGCUCUUGUUCGAUUUGCUGAGGAGCCCCAAAUGUUUGCAAUUGAGUUCAAUGAUGGGUGCCCCAUCCAUGUUUAUGCAAGCACGUCCCGUGAUAGCUUACUUGCAGCAGUUCGCGAUCUGUUGCAAACAGAAGGUCAAUGUGCAGUGACUGUGUUACCAAGACUGACAAUGCCAGGCCAUCCUAUUGAUCCACCUUGUGGGAGAGUCCAUUUACAAUCUGGACUUCAACGGCCUAUUGCAGAUGUAGAGAGUGCAUCCAUGCAUUUGAAACACUUAGCAGCAGCUGCCAAAGAUGCAGUUUCCGAAGGUGGUUCCAUUCCUGGAUCAAGAGCUAAGCUAUGGCGUAGAAUAAGAGAGUUCAAUGCAUGUAUUCCAUAUAGUGGAGUUCCUCCUAACAUAGAAGUACCUGAGGUGACUUUGAUGGCUUUAAUAACAAUGCUUCCAGCUACACCGAAUCUUCCUCCAGAGUCACCUCCCUUACCUCCCCCUUCACCUAAAGCAGCUGCAACGGUGAUGGGCUUUAUUGCAUGUUUACGUAGAUUACUAGCUUCAAGAACUGCUGCGUCACAUGUGAUGUCUUUUCCUGCUGCUGUUGGAAGAAUAAUGGGUUUACUAAGAAAUGGUUCAGAGGGUGUAGCCGCUGAAGCUGCAGGGCUAGUUGCAGUUCUUAUUGGUGGUGGUCCUGGGGAUACAAAUAUACUGACAGACUCUAAAGGAGAGCAGCAUGCAACAAUCAUGCACACAAAGUCAGUGUUGUUUGCUAAUCAGGGUUAUGCUAUUAUACUUGCCAACAGACUGAAGCCAAUGUCUGUAUCACCAUUAUUAUCAAUGGCCGUUGUUGAGGUUCUUGAGGCAAUGAUAUGUGAACCACAUGGUGAGACAACACAAUACACAGUGUUUGUUGAACUGUUACGCCAAGUUGCUGGUUUGAAGCGUCGUUUGUUUGCAUUGUUUGGACAUCCUGCUGAAAGUGUUAGAGAAACAGUGGCUGUGAUUAUGCGUACAAUUGCAGAAGAAGAUGCAAUUGCAGCAGAGUCCAUGCGCGAUGCUGCUUUGCGUGAUGGUGCUUUGCUGAGACAUUUAUUGCACGCCUUCUUCCUUCCUCCUGGUGAGCGACGUGAGGUUAGUCGACAGCUUGUUGCUCUCUGGGCAGAUUCUUAUCAACCAGCUCUGGAUUUAUUGUCCAGAGUUCUGCCUCCUGGGCUUGUUGCUUAUUUGCACACACGUUCUGAUGGAGUUCAAUCAGAAGAUGUCAAUCAAGAAGGAUCUUUGACCAGUAGAAGACAGAGACGCUUACUCCAACAGAGGAAAGGUCGUACAGGAAAAGGAUCAACAUCUCAAGAGAAUUCCUUACCUAAUGUAAACAAUUAUGAAGUUGGUGAUCCCAUGACACAGACAAAUGCUGGUACUUUUAAGGUGUCAGAUAACUAUCAAAGAUCUGUACUGGAUCAGAGUUCUGGACAGGCUUCGACCAUUCAGUCUUCUGGUGCUCAAACUGUUGAAAAUUCCACUGGUGAGUUAGCGUCUUCAGGGGUUCCACAAAACAAUCAUUCAGCUUUUGUGGCUUCAGCUGAUUCUCAGUCAACAAGUAUUCAUGAGGCAGUGGAAGCAAAUACUUCAAUGUCAACUGAUUCUGAUUCCAAUGUUACUGGUUUCCAGAACACAGGCCUCCCUGCUCCUGCUCAGGUUGUUGUGGAAAACACUCCUGUGGGAUCUGGUAGGCUACUUUGUAAUUGGCCUGAAUUCUGGCGAGCAUUUAGCCUUGAUCAUAAUCGUGCAGAUUUGAUCUGGAAUGAGCGCACCAGGCAAGAGUUGAGGGAGACUUUGCAGGCUGAGGUUCAUAAGUUAGAUGUUGAGAAGGAGCGUACUGAAGAUAUUGUUCCUGGAGGUGCUACGGUGGAUACUAUGACUGGCCAAGAUAGUGUACCCCAGAUAUCUUGGAACUACUCUGAGUUCUCUGUUAGAUAUCCUAGCUUGUCCAAAGAAGUUUGCGUGGGUCAGUAUUAUCUGCGUUUGCUGCUUGAGAGUGGUAGUGUUGGCAGGGCACAAGAUUUUCCAUUGCGUGAUCCAGUUGCCUUCUUUAGAGCACUCUACCAUCGGUUCUUAUGUGAUGCAGACAUAGGACUUACAGUAGAUGGAGCUGUUCCUGAUGAAAUGGGUGCAUCUGAUGAUUGGUGCGACAUGGGAAGACUAGAUGGUUUUGGAGGUGGAGGAGGAUAUUCUGUGAGAGAGCUAUGUGCUAGAGCAAUGGCAAUUGUAUAUGAGCAGCAUUACAAAACAGUAGGUCCUUUUGAGGGCACUGCUCACAUUACAGUUCUGUUGGAUAGGACAGAUGAUAGGGCUUUGAGGCACCGUCUUCUAGUGCUCUUGAAGGCGUUAAUGAAGGUUUUGGCAAAUGUCGAGGCAUGCGUUUUGGUUGGAGGAUGUGUGUUAGCUGUUGAUAUGCUGACAGUGGCUCAUGAAGCUUCAGAAAGGACAGCUAUUCCCUUGCAGUCUAAUUUGAUUGCUGCUACUGCUUUCAUGGAACCGCUCAAGGAAUGGAUGUUUGUUGACAAGGAAGGAGCACAGGUUGGACCUGUUGAAAAGGAUGCCAUUAGAAGAUUUUGGUCAAAGAAGGCUAUUGAUUGGACAACAAGGUGCUGGGCUUCUGGGAUGCUAGACUGGAAGAGACUGCGGGAUAUUCGUGAACUUCGUUGGGCACUAGCUGUUCGAGUUCCUGUUCUCACGCCAACUCAGAUUGGUGAGGCAGCUUUGUCCAUAUUACACAGCAUGGUAUCUGCACAUUCAGAUUUAGACGACGCUGGAGAGAUAGUUACCCCAACUCCUAGAGUAAAAAGGAUCUUGUCAAGUCCACGUUGCCUUCCGCAUAUUGCUCAGGCAUUGCUUUCUGGAGAACCAAGUAUUGUAGAGGGUGCUGCUGCUUUACUGAAGGCUGUUGUUACUAGAAAUCCCAAGGCCAUGAUUCGCCUAUACAGCACGGGCACAUUUUAUUUCUCCCUAGCAUAUCCUGGAUCUAAUCUCCUUUCAAUCGCCCAACUCUUCUCAGUGACUCAUGUUCAUCAAGCAUUUCAUGGUGGUGAAGAAGCUGCAGUUUCCUCUUCCUUGCCUCUGGCGAAGCGCAGUGUAUUGGGUGGGCUUCUUCCAGAAUCUUUGCUGUAUGUAUUGGAGCGUAGUGGUCCAGCUGCAUUUGCUGCUGCAAUGGUAUCUGAUUCUGAUACUCCAGAGAUUAUAUGGACUCACAAGAUGCGAGCUGAAAAUCUGAUUCGCCAGGUUUUGCAGCAUCUGGGUGAUUUCCCCCAGAAACUAUCACAGCACUGCCAUUCUCUAUAUGAAUAUGCUCCUAUGCCACCAGUGACAUACCCAGAGCUACGAGAUGAAAUGUGGUGUCACCGUUAUUACCUCCGUAACUUAUGUGAUGAGAUUCGGUUUCCAAAUUGGCCGAUUGUUGAACAUGUUGAGUUCCUACAGUCAUUAUUGGUAAUGUGGCGUGAGGAGUUGACAAGAAGACCAAUGGAUCUUUCCGAAGAAGAAGCUUGCAAAAUAUUAGAGAUCUCAUUGGAAGAUGUAUCAAGUGAUGAUGCUGACACGAAGCAUUCUUUUGAGAUGGGUGAGGAGGUAUCUAGCAUAUCCAAGCAGAUUGAGAACAUUGAUGAAGAAAAGCUUAAACGGCAAUAUAGGAAACUCGCCAUGAGAUACCACCCAGACAAAAAUCCUGAAGGAAGGGAGAAAUUUCUUGCUGUACAGAAAGCUUAUGAGCGCCUGCAGGCCACUAUGCAAGGCUUGCAAGGCCCCCAGCUUUGGCGAUUGUUGCUUCUAUUGAAAGGACAGUGUAUCUUGUACAGACGUUAUGGAGGCAUACUGGAGCCAUUUAAAUAUGCUGGUUAUCCAAUGUUGCUCAAUGCAGUUACUGUGGACAAGGAUGAUAACAAUUUUCUUUCCUCAGAUAGAGCACCUCUCCUUGUUGCAGCGUCAGAGCUUAUUUGGCUGACGUGUGCAUCUUCUUCAUUGAAUGGUGAAGAACUUGUGAGGGAUGGUGGCAUACAACUUCUUGCGAAUCUUCUUUCCCGUUGCAUGUGUGUAGUUCAACCAACCACUCCUGCAAGUGAACCAUCCGCGAUAAUUGUUACAAAUGUGAUGCGAACCUUUUGUGUUUUGAGUCAAUUUGAGAGUGCCUGGUCUGAGAUGCUUGAGUAUUCUGGACUAGUUGAUGAUAUUGUGCACUGCACUGAACUUGAGCUGGUACCUGCCGCUGUUGAUGCUGCUCUCCAGACUAUUGCACAUGUUUCUGUGUCCACUGAAUUACAGGAUGCCUUGCUGAAGGCUGGAGUUGUAUGGUACCUUUUGCCCGUGCUGCUUCAAUACGACUCAACUGCAGAGGAAUCUAAUGCAACAGAAUCACAUGGUGUUGGUGCUAGUGUUCAAAUUGCGAAAAAUAUGCAUGCUGUACGUGCCUCGCAGGCACUUUCAAGGCUUAGUGGUUUGUGUAGUGAUGAGAGUUCAACACCUUAUAAUCAGACUGCAGCUGAUGCCCUCAGAGCUCUGUUGACUCCUAAACUAGCCAGCAUGUUAAAAGAUCAAGCACCAAAAGACUUGCUGUCUAAAUUAAACAAUAACUUGGAGUCUCCUGAGAUUAUCUGGAACUCUUCAACCCGAGCAGAACUACUGAAAUUUGUGGAUCAGCAACGUGCAAGUCAGGGUGCUGACGGUUCAUAUGAGAUGAAAGAUUCACAUGCAUUUGCAUAUAAGGCACUAUCAAAAGAACUCUAUGUUGGAAAUGUUUACUUGAGGGUCUAUAAUGAUCAGCCAGAUUUUGAGAUCAGUGAACCAGAAGCUUUCUGUGUUGCUUUGAUUGAUUUUAUAUCAUAUCUAGUGCAUAAUCAAUGUGCUACAGAUUCUGAAGUUAAGGAUGUGCCAAAUCAGAAUGACUCAUCUCUUGAGACAUCUGAGCAUCCUAAUGAUACGGCUGUUGGAUCAAUUGAUGAGCAGCAGACUCCUGUUGAAGAUUCAGCAGUAUCUAAUGGGCAAGUGGUAGACAAGGAAGAAUUUGAAAUGGUUAAGAAUCUUAAAUUUGCAUUGAAUUCACUGAAGAACUUACUGACAAAUAGUCCAAAUUUGGCGUCAAUUUUUUCUACUAAAGAUAAGCUAUUGCCUCUUUUCGAAUGUUUUUCGGUGCCUGUUGCCUCAGAAAGCAACAUUCCUCAACUUUGCCUGAGUGUGCUGUCACUCUUGACUACGUAUGCUCCCUGCUUGGAGGCUAUGGUUGCAGAUGGAUCCAGCCUUCUCCUUUUAUUACAAAUGCUUCACUCAGCCCCAACUUGUCGUGAAGGGGUUCUUCAUGUUCUUUAUGCUCUGGCCAGCACACCAGAACUUGCUUGGGCAGCUGCCAAGCAUGGGGGAGUGGUCUACAUCCUUGAACUUCUCUUGCCUUUGCAGGAAGAAAUUUCAUUGCAACAAAGAGCAGCAGCUGCAUCUUUGUUGGGGAAGCUUGUUGGGCAGCCAAUGCAUGGGCCUAGAGUUGCUAUAACACUAGCAAGGUUUCUUCCAGAUGGCUUGGUAUCAGUUAUUAGGGAUGGUCCUGGUGAGGCUGUUGUAGUUUCCCUAGAACAGACUACCGAGACUCCGGAACUUGUAUGGACACCAGCCAUGGCUACUUCUUUGUCUGCACAAAUUGCAACUAUGGCAUCAGAUCUAUAUCGCGAACAGAUGAAAGGUCGUGUGGUUGAUUGGGAUGUUCCUGAGCAGGCAUCUGGGCAGCAAGAAAUGAGAGAUGAGCCACAGGUUGGUGGAAUCUAUGUUAGGUUAUUCCUAAAAGAUCCCAAGUUUCCUCUCCGAAAUCCAAAGAGAUUCUUGGAAGGACUGCUGGAUCAGUAUUUGACAUCCAUUGCUGCCACACAUUACGACACACAAGCUGUUGACCCUGAACUUCCUUUGCUCCUUUCUGCUGCUUUGGUUUCAUUACUACGAGUGCACCCUGCACUAGCUGAUCAUGUUGGGUAUCUUGGAUAUGUGCCCAAACUUGUCGCUGCUGUGGCUUAUGAAGGAAGACGAGAAACAAUGGCAUCAGGGGAGGUAAACAAUGGCAGUUAUGUGGACAGAACAUAUGAACCUGAUGAUGGAUCCACACAGCCCAUGCAAACUCCCCAAGAACGUGUGCGCCUCAGUUGUUUACGUGUCCUUCAUCAACUGGCAGCUAGCACCACGUGUGCUGAAGCUAUGGCAGCAACUAGUGUAGGAACACCUCAGGUCGUUCCUCUUCUAAUGAAAGCAAUAGGAUGGCAAGGUGGAAGCAUAUUAGCUCUUGAGACACUAAAACGUGUUGUGGUUGCUGGAAACCGAGCUAGAGAUGCACUUGUAGCACAAGGACUUAAGGUUGGUCUUGUUGAAGUACUUCUUGGCCUUCUUGAUUGGAGAGCUGGGGGAAGGAAUGGGCUUUGCUCUCAGAUGAAGUGGAAUGAAUCUGAAGCAUCUAUUGGCAGGGUGCUAGCAAUUGAGGUUUUGCAUGCAUUUGCAACUGAGGGGGCCCAUUGCACUAAAGUGCGUGACCUAUUAAAUUCCUCAGAUAUUUGGAGUGCUUAUAAAGACCAAAAACAUGAUCUUUUCCUCCCAUCAAGUGCUCAAUCUGCUGCCGCCGGAGUUGCUGGGCUAAUUGAGAGUUCAUCAUCAAGACUCACUUAUGCCCUUACGGCUCCCUCUCCACAACCAGCACCAUCGAGACCUCCUACUGCUUCACCUAUAUCUGAAUCAAAUGGAAAACAAGAUGAGCUUUCAUAG